UUUAAAAAUGCUCUAAUUUAAAUUGAAAAAAGAAGAAGCUGGUAGGCUGUAAGAUUUUCGUAAUCAAACUGAGCUUUACGUUACGAAUCUGCAAGCCCGCACUCAGUGUCAAGAAAAACCCGACUCAAGAAAACCGACUAUAAUCACGAAAAUUAACUCCAAUUCAUUUAAAUCUCCGGGACAUGUCUUAUUGAUUUAUGCACUCAGUGUGUAUCUCAAUAACAAAAAGAUACUAGCUUUUUUGAGCCGUUGAGGUAGCUAUAUAGAUAGAUACCAAGAAUCAAGAUCUGGGUUUUUUAGAGUGAUAGUAAAGGUCUUGAAUCGAUCCAGUUUCAGCUCGAAAGUAAGCAGUUGCGUUUUAAGUUCAUGGAUCUGCAAGCUGGUGCAGGAAACUGGUGCACCCUUUUCUUUUCAAUCUCAGUGCCAAUGCAGCAACCUCGGUUGUAAGGACACACAGCCAAAGUUGUUUUGCAACCAUGGGAGACGGCAAUAAUAGAAGCAACAACAACAGUGAAAAGCCAGAGUGGCUGCAACAGUACAAUCUUAUUGGCAAGAUUGGUGAAGGCACUUAUGGUCUUGUAUUCCUAGCAAAAACCAAGUCUCCUGCAAAUUGUGGAAAGUCCAUUGCCAUCAAGAAAUUCAAGCAGUCCAAGGAUGGUGAUGGUGUCUCUCCCACUGCCAUCCGUGAAAUCAUGUUACUUAGGGAAAUUACUCAUGAGAAUGUUGUGAAGCUUGUGAAUGUGCACAUCAAUCAUGCUGACAUGUCGCUGUAUCUGGCUUUUGAUUAUGCUGAGCAUGAUCUUUAUGAAAUCAUCAGGCAUCAUAGAGACAAGGGUAACACUAUGAUCAAUCAGUACACUGUUAAAUCAUUGCUCUGGCAGCUACUCAAUGGACUGAACUAUCUGCACAGUAACUGGAUCAUACAUCGAGAUCUAAAGCCAUCAAAUAUCUUAGUUAUGGGCGAGGGAGAGGAACACGGGGUUGUCAAAAUUGCUGAUUUUGGACUGGCAAGAAUUUAUCAAGCUCCCUUGAAGGCUUUGUCUGAUAAUGGUGUUGUGGUAACCAUUUGGUAUCGUGCACCUGAGUUGCUUCUGGGGGCUAAGCACUAUACAAGUGCUGUUGACAUGUGGGCUCUUGGAUGCAUUUUUGCUGAACUUUUGACUUUGAAGCCACUUUUUCAAGGGGCAGAAGCCAAAUCGGCAUCAAAUCCUUUCCAGAUUGAUCAACUUGACAAGAUAUUUAAGGUCUUGGGCCAUCCUACACUAGAAAAAUGGCCAACACUUGCAAGUCUUCCGCACUGGCAUAAUGACGUGCAGCAUAUCCAAGAGCACAAGUAUGAGAAUACUGGACUACAUGUUGUUGUGCCUCUCUCUCCAAAAAGUGCUUCAUUUGACCUUCUAUCUAAGAUGCUUGAAUACGAUCCUCGAAAGCGUAUAACAGCUGCACAAGCUAUAGAGCACGAUUAUUUUCGUAGUGAACCUCUACCUGGACGGAAUGCCCUGGUUCCCUCUCAACCUGGAGAGAAGGUCAUCAAUUAUCCUACUCGUCCGGUAGAUACAAAUACAGAUUUUGAAGGAACAAGUAGUCUUCAACCUCCGCAACCUGUCUCAUCUGGAAAUGUGGUUUCUGGAGGCAUGCCAGGUGCUCAUGGAAUUAACAGCAGAUCUGCACCUCGACCAAUGUCUGUGGGCAUGCAGAGAAUGCAAUCUCAGGGCAUGGCAGCUUAUAAUCUCUCUUCUCAGGCAGGGAUGGGUGGUGGAAUGAAUCCUGGUAACAUCCCUAUGCCACGUGGGGUUGCCCAGCCCCAUCAGCAGCAUCACCUGAGAAGGAAAGACCCACCUGGAACGGGGACUGGAUACCCUCCCCAACAAAAAUCAAGACGCUAAUUAGCAUAUGGCAUCUAGACAAACUGUCAUUUUUUUACUUCUAUGGAGUACAACCAUGUCAUUGUUCAUGAACGUUCCCACCCACUAAGGGCACCCAAGAACGCAUCCAAUUCAAGAAGAAAUUCCACUUGUUUCAUGUAUGUGACAAUUGCUGUAUCUAGGCCUUUUCAAAUCAUCUUUGUUCAGGAAGCAAUAGCUUCAUUGCAUAUCUCA